AUGGCGAAACAACGUCUCUCUCUCUUUCUCUCUUUCUCUUUCUCUCUCUCUCCCCCAGCACACACACAUGCACUUAUACUUAAAUGCCAUUUAGUUUCUUUAACUAUAUGUACUUUAAUUCUAUCUAUCUAUCUAUCUAUCUAUCUAUCUAUCUAUCUAUCUUAUUCGCUUCUGCGGACCAACUGCUUGUUUCUUUACUUGCAACUCUGUCCAUCUUUGCAUACAUACGCAGUUUUCGUGUCGUCAUUUCCACUUUCUUCCUUUCUUUCUUCCUUUCUUUCUUUCUUUCUUUCUUUCUUUAAUGAGUUUCCAUUUUUCUUUUCUUUCUUUUUUUUUUGCUUUCUUUAUUUCAUUCUAGCUUUCUUCAUUUUAAUUGCAUAUCUUUUUCUUCAUAUUUUUCUUUUUCUUCUUUCUUUUUCUUUCAUUCUUUAUUUCAUUCUUGCUUUCAUUCUUUUAAUGCCUUUUCCGUGUAUAUAUUUUCUUCACACUUUUUCUUUCUUUUUUUCUUUCGUUGUUUCUUUCUUUCAUUCAUUCAUUCAUUCUUGCUUUCUUUCUUUUAAUGUCUUUUCAGUGUAUAUCGUUUUCUUCACAUUUUUCUUUUUCUUUCUUUCUUUCUUACUUUCUUUCUUUCUUGCUUUCUUUCUUUCUUUUAAUGACUUUUUAUACAUAACAUAUUUCUUUCACAUUUUUCUUUUUCUUUUUUAUUUUCUUUCUUUUAAUGUUUUCGUGCAUAUCAUUUUCUUCCCAUUUUCCCUUUUCUUCCUUUUGCAUUUUCUUUCUUUCUUUCUUGGUCUUUUCUUCUUUAUCAUUUUCCUCUUUCAUUUUUCUUUCAAAACCAAAACGCCUGGAAGCAGUGACAGGAUAUAG